AUGGGCCAAAGCUUUUGCCUUAUAGCGCCUCAUCGCCGCCGCCGACUUGGGUGGCGUGGCAAGCUUGGUGAAGUCCUCUUUGACGGUACUGCCUUCCAACUCGUUCCCUUCUUUGCCAGGCCUGUUGUCCAUGUAGAAGACACGGAUGAGCCCCUCGUUAUCCGAGGGAAAGUUAUUCCACGAAAAAAGCGACGGCGGUUAGACAGUUCUUCUGCUUCUCAUGCUGCUCGGCCUCCGCUCCUACGGCUGCCAAAUGAGAUACACCAUCUUAUCUUUGACUCUUUGGACAUUAAAGGAGUCUUUAUUCUGGGGAUCACCUGCCAGCAAUUCUGGGACAUAGCAAGGUUUAAAAUCAAGCAGUAUUUUGCAAGCUACCUGGGCCGUUUGGCUGGGACACCAGUUGUUUGCGUCGGCGAUGGAACCGACCGUGGUGGAAAUGUCAUUUAUCCCCAGGGGCUACUAUCUUCUAAGGAUGUUCGUGAUCUGCAAGAAGGGCUGGACGUGGAUGAAUUGGAAGACGGCCUGCCAGACGAAUACGCCAACAAGCCUAUCAAUCUUUAUGGUGUAGCCUUUAAUCGGUACCGUGUCUAUAGGAGCGACGGUGGGAGUUUUCCCUCCAAGUUGCUACACAUCUGUCUUGAAUAUAUUCAUAAGGACCCUUGUCCGGAUGAUAUGUUAGGGGUAUCACAUCCGACUCUUUCUGAUUUCUACCCCGAGAGUCAGGAAUGGGUUCUCAGGAAUUUGACAACGCGUGAAUUCGUUCUCCCUACAGCAGUUGCAUUACAGAAAAAGCAUAUUAAAGGUCCCCUAAUUAACGUACUAGGCUUUGGCGAAGUUAUUCUUUCUAGAGUCUGUUGGUCUACCGACGACUUCACGUCAAUGGGUUGGGAGGGGAUCCACCGGGGAGUUUGGGCAGGACACUCUCUAGAUAUUGUUCCCUCUACCUACUUGGAUAGCGGUGGACCAUGGAAAGAUAUCAGCGACGAAGUUUCCCGAGAAAUUGCAGAGAUCUGGAAGAGUGAAUAUGGCGAGGACUGGAGAAAUGUUAUCAGCGAGAACCGACCACGCUAUUGGUGA